CUAAAUUCGGCGAUUACAGUGUGUCGUCACCGACUUCACUUAUCAUUGUCCCACGCCUUCGUCGUAAUAUUUGCGAAAUUAUAACCUAACGAGGGCGCGUUCGAUGUUUAAUAUGCAGAUAACGCGCGAUCCCCUCCGUUGUCGUCCCCGAUUCGCCAUCGCCAUCGCCAUUGCAGGAUUGUUUAGGACACACCCUCCUGUUUGUGAAGAUGUUGACAUGGUUGGAGAUGUGCACAUAAAGUGUUUGUUUAAAUGUCCAAAUAAACCAUGUUAUGGAGAUGCAGGGAUAUGAAGUGAGUGGUAGCUAUGAGUAAACAAUAUUCAGUUGCGGAGACUAUAAGAUUCAUGGACAUCAUAAGAUCGAUAGAUUCAAGGAGAUGGUUUUGAGGUAAAAAACGAAAAGAAAAGAAAAAAAUAGAACUUGGUAAUUGGAUAGAAUUGCUGUCUGAUGACUCGGAAAAAUUACAUUUUUCUUUUGUCGUUGUCAACACGCAGGAUAUUUUGGAACCUCUACAUGUAGAUCUUAUUGCUCCAUGCAAAUCAAUUGAAUAAGGUCCUUAACCCGCCAAAGGAUUCACAGUGUAUAACUUGUUAAUAAUCGUCCUUCGAGAAUCCGUCGCCACUUCGUCAAAACCUCCAAUAUCAUUUUGGCACUCAAUUUCCUGCUACCACCACGAAACAUGUUAAAGCAAAUCAGAAGGUUUCCCUCCUCUCACCUCCCCUUUCUCUUAUCCUCCUCUUUCUACUAUUCUAUUACCACUACUGUAGCUUCACCAUGGUACUCUCCUCCCCCAUUUAAUCCACCCCCAGAUCCUCUUAUCCUCACCGUCUCCCGCGCCAUCGCUGCUUCCCCCGAUGUCUCCCUCGACGCCUCCCUUGGCUCCCUCCUCCCCUCCCUCUCCGCCAACCUCGUUGUUUCCCUGCUCUCCCUCAACCCCCUCUCCCUGCCUCCUCUCGCCCUCCUGUCCUUCUUCCAUUGGCUCUCCUCUCAUCCCCACUUUCGCCACACUCCGCUCUCUUUCCUGUCUAUGGCCAAUCUCCUACUCACCCACCGCCUCUCCUCUGCCACUACCCCUCUCAUCCGCCUCCUUGUGGCCCGACGUGGACGUGACUCCGCCCACGCACUUUUCUCCGCUGCCCUCCAGGCCACCACUCCUCAGGCCCCUCACCCAGCCCUCCUCGCCGCCCUCACUAUUGAAUACACCAUUGCUGAUCUCAUCUCCGAUGCCAUCCAAUGCAUACGCCUGGCUAUCAAGCAUCAGCUCCGCCUGCCAUUUGAUGCAUGCUCCUAUCUUCUCGACCGUCUGAUGCAUUCCUACUCUCCUGCAGUUGCGUGGGCCUUCUAUUCCGAGAUCCAAGAUGUUGGGUUCCCCCCGACAGUGCGACCGUUUAACAUUAUAAUGCAUUCUUUUUGCAAAUUGGGCAAUCUUACCAAUGCUAAUUUGGUUUUUAAUGAGAUUACGCGACGUGGAUCUCGACCAACAGCGGUCAGUUUCAACACUCUAAUAGAUGGUUACUGUAAAAUUGGAGAUUUGGAAGCUGGGUUUGAUCUAAAGUUACGAAUGGUGGCAGAUGGGAUUGAACCUGAUGUAUUUACAUACAGCGUAUUGAUCAGGUCAGUGUGUAGGGUGGGUAGACUAGACGAUGCAAAACAAUUGUUCGACGAGAUGUGCGCGAAAGGUUUGGUUCCAAACGCGGUGACUUUUACGACUUUGAUUGAUGGGCACUGCAAAGAAGGGAAAGUUAAAGCUGGGGUGAAGUUCUAUCAAGAGAUGUUAAGGAAAGGUGUUAAGCCUGAUAUGAUAACAUAUAAUACACUUGUGAAUGGCCUGUGCAAGGCUGGGGAUUUGAGAGAGGCAAAGAAGAUUGUGGAGGAGAUGAGAGAGAGAGGACUUAAACCUGAUAAAAUUACUUACACUACUCUCAUAGACGGGUGUUGUAAAGAAGGGGAACUGGAGAUGGCAAUAGAACUUAGAAAGGAAAUGGUAGCUGAAGGGGUUAAGUUAGAUGAAGUGACCUAUACAGCGCUUAUAUCGGGGUUAAGUAAAGAAGCUAGAGCGUCGGAUGCCGAAAGAACUCUUCACGAAAUGACAAGGGCCGGUUUCGUCCCUGAUAAAGCAACCUGCACUAUGGUGAUUGAUGCCUUUUGCAGAAAGGGUGAGGUUAAAAGGGGCUUCAAGCUGCUAAAGGAGAUGCAAAAUAACGGCCAUACACCGGAGGUCGUGACGUAUAACGUGAUCAUGAAUGGGCUCUGCAAAAUUGGGCAAAUGAAGAACGCCGAUAUGCUUUUGAACGCGAUGCUUAAUAUAGGAGUUAAACCUGAUGAUAUUACCUACAAUAUUCUCUUGGAUGGGCAAUGCAAGCAUGGGCAGGUCAAAGAUGUUGAUGAAUUGAGAGGGGAGAAAGGAAUGGUUUCGGACUUUGCGACUUACUCUUCACUUAUCAGUGAAGUAGUUAAGAAGCAGAAGAAUCACCAAAAUAAAUAGCAAGCAUCACUAAAGCUUAAUUAGUUAAGGAAGAACAGCUACAGUUGUACAUAUGUUGCUGAUAGUUGCUACUUAUAUGUGCAAUAUAUUAUCCUCAACUGAUUCUUUAUUCUUCACCUUUUGAGUUCUCUCUACAACCAUUUAGAAGGUCAGGUACCUGAGACUCUGUAAUGAUUUACAAGCUCUUCAUUAUACAUCCACUGCGAGAACUGCGAAAUAGUAUAAAUUUGCAAAUGCAAUGUCAUGUUUGCUGUUGAGUUCA